UCUAAAUGAAAAAAUAGUCAAGUUUGCCAAAAGGAUUGAGCCGGCCCUGCCUGAUUUUUUCCGCCAAAAUCAGUCUGAAACUCGCUCCGAUGCAUAAACUCUCCCCAAGCGGUCAUGUUCACCUGUGUUCCUCCCUCAGGAACUUCUUCAAAGGCCACAAAACUCUCUCACCCAUCACUCUCUUCAGCACUUGCGCCGAAACCAUAGGUCCCAAAUCCAAGCUAGAAUUCAUCAUAAACGAAGUUGAAGAGCUCCAAUCUUCAAAAUUCACCACCCAAAUAACCCAAACAGCACCUGAAACCGAAAAUUCCUCCAUUCUGAGCCUACCCACGAAGCCUGAAAGAAUGACGGUUCAGAUUUCGCACCCGUGGCCUGAGUGGGUGGACUUGAUGGAAUGCUUGUUGAAGAGAGGUUGUAUCGAAGGUGGUCGAGCCCCAUUUGGGAUCGGCGAAGCGGGUGAUACCAAGGAACGGAACCUUAUCCGGACGGCAUGCCUUAAUUUCGCACGGGAUAGGUAUGACCUUAUAAGGUUCUUGUCCAGGAAGGAUAUCCAGCUCAUUGUAGGAUUCGGAUGCCCAAGCAUAGACAGGAAAGUUGUCAACUCAGGGAAGCGUCUGAGAGCACAUGUUGGCAUUGAUGAAGGAAAUGUUUGUAGCUCCUGCAAUUUAAGGGGAGACUGUGAGAGGGCAUAUGUGAAGGCACGUCAAGAUGAAAGUGGGCGAACUGUGGAUGUCAUGCGCAUCUUGUUAACAUAUGGGCUUGAUCAAAUUACUACUGGUACAGUGGAGAACAAACUAGGUUUAAACAGAUUACUUACAGAAUCAGUGAGAAGGCUUCUGAAGGAAAUGGUAGAAUGUAGUACUACCAAGGAACUUGACUCUGAUCUACCUAAGGCCACACCCUUGAAAAGAGCCGCAUCAGCACAAGAUCAUUCCUGGCCCCCAGAAAAAGCCCACGUAAAUGUCCCAAUGAAGCAAGGAGACUGGAUUUGUCCCAAAUGCAGCUUCCUUAAUUUUGCAAGAAACAUCAAGUGCUUGCGUUGUGAUGGUUUAUUCCAUGAAAGACUAAAGCAACUGCGGGAGGUUCAGGAUCAUCUUCCAUUAAAGAAGGGGGAUUGGAUAUGUGACAAAUGCAAUUUCUUAAAUUUUGCCAAGAACACAAGAUGUUUGCAAUGCAAAGAGAACCCUCCAAAGCGGCAACUUAAUCCCGGGGAGUGGGAGUGUGACUCGUGUAACUACAUCAACUUCAGAAGAAAUAUCGUAUGUUUGAAAUGUGACUUCAGAAGGCCAAAAGCAUUCAAUGCUUCAAAUCCCUCCAAUCAACCUCAAGAUAAUGGAGACUAUUGUAAUAAGAGUGAAAUGAGUUUUAUCAGAGGCAAGGCCAAUGCUAACGAUCAGGCAUCUGUUGGACGAAAUAGAAGAAGUCUAGAAAUGGGCGCAAAUAUAUGGAGAUCUGUGGAAGAUUCCAGCGAUCAUGUUAACAAGAGGGAAAUGAGUAUUGUCAGGGCUAAGGCCAAUGUUAACCAUAAGGCUUCUGUUGGAAGAACUAGAAAAAGUCAGGAAACUGGCUCAAAUAUGUGGAGAUUUGUGGACGAUUCCAACGAUUAUGCUUGCUCAAGCGCAUGUAAUGACGAUUCUGGAUUUCUAGAUUUUCCCAUUUCUGGGGGCAAGAGUGAUUUAUCUCAAGAUGAACAAAGGAGGGAAAGAUGGAAGUUGGAGAUGCUACAGAGGAGAAAAAGCACCAUAACGGCAAGCCCAGAAGAUGAUAAAUUUAGGUCUGCAAAUUUCCCGAGAAAGCUGGAUUUCCCCGAGUCAACCGAUGAUGAAGAGCUGGCUGAAUGGUUUGGGCAUGGGAAGACUGAGAGAGAGGCUUGUUCCACUACCUGAUCAAGUGCAAGAUUGAUUUAAGAUAAAAGCAUUGCCUCCAGAGAAAAUGGUGAUCUAUUCAGGAAACUAGGUGUGCACUACAAGGCAGAUUUUCUGGUUAAAAAGUGCUGGUAAAGCCUUGAUCCUUCUGCAUUGUUUGUAAAAGCAGGCCAAGAUUUUGUGCGGCCCUGGAUUUUGGGGUUUCAUGUGUCUAUAAACUCUGUAAAUUUUGCUGCGCUGUAGUAGUUUUGAUUCUCAGGUAAUUCCCUUUAUCGAAAAAUAGGGAUACAUAAAUGAGUUGUGCUAUAUACAAGCGAACUUACAUACUAA